GUUCACUGAAAGAGAGAGCAAAAGAGACUAGCUUUUUAUUUUUCUUCAGCAACUUUGUUGUGCGUCCUUUAGCCAUGGAUGAAGAGAUGGGAGUCAUCAAUGCGGGAGAGAGCAGAGGGGUGGAAGCACCAGGCACCUUGGAGAGUGACAUUCCUGGCAAGCCCCCUCCUUUGAAUGUGUGCAGAUUGCGCAACCUGGCCAUAGCUAGCAUCAUCUGUGGCUGUUCGUGUAUUGGGAUCCUGGCUCUGAUCUACGCAGUCAAGGCUAAUGAGAAGCAAAAAGCUCAUUCCCAGAAUGCAGCAAUUCACUGGGCUCGGAAGUCUCAGUUUAUGUCUUGCCUAAGUAUCGGUGUCUGGCUUUCCAUUCUUAUUCUGACCCCUUUGCUACUAGUCCUCCUGUCUUACCUCAUAUCUCAAGCGGAAUGAUGAGCCACCUCGAUCUGUGAC